AUGGGUAGGCAACAACCAAGAAAUGAUCCAUUUUCUAAUACAUAUAAUCCACGUUGGCAAAAUCACCCUAACUUCUCAUGGAGAGAUCAAGGUAAUGCAAGACCAAUGGGACCACCCGGAUUCCAGCAACAAGGACCAUCAGGAUUCCAGCAGCAGCAAUACAGACUUUUCCAGCAGCCACCUGCACCACAACAGUCUCAACUUCCUGCUCAGGAGAAAAAGCCUCAAUUGGAGGAGAUGUUUAUGCAAUACAUGGCUAGCCAGGACACGAUGAUGAAGAAAAUGGAUGCAAAGAUUGAUAAGGUUACACAGUCUAACCAAGCAUCCAUUCAUAAUUUAGAAGUGCAAGUAGGUCAGUUGGCUAAAUUGGUUGCAGAAAAAGAUCGAGGUAAGUUUCCUAGUAACACUGAAAUAAACCCUAGGGAAGGAGCUAUGGCUGUCACCUUAAGAAGUGGUAAGAUUUUGAAUGAAGUCUUGAAAGAGAAAGAACCCAUGAGUGAUAAAGAGAGUGAUAAAGAAGAAGAGGAGCAAGUGCCUAAAGAGAAUUCUAGUAAUCAAAACCUUACUUUCUCUACAGUAAAACUUUAUGUACCCCCCAUUCCAUAUCCACAAAGGUUACAAAAGAGGAACCAGGACAAUAACUUUAAAAGAUUUUUAGAGGUUUUUAAAAAAUUGCAAAUUAAUAUUCCUUUUGCAGAAGCACUUGCCAAUAUGCCAUCUUAUGCCAAGUAUAUUAAGGAAAUUGUGUCUAAUAAAAAGAAAUUGGAAGAGUUUGCUACUGUGCAUCUAAAUGAGGAGUGUAGUGCUAUUCUACAAAGCAAAUUACCUCCUAAGUUAAUGGAUCCUGGAAGUUUUUCUAUUCCUUGCACUAUUGGUAAUACUGUUAUUGAUAAAUGCUUAUGUGAUCUAGGUGCCAGUAUUAACCUUAUGCCUUUAACUCUUUUUAAGAAGUUGGAAAUAGCUGAAAUGAAGCCAACAACAAUCUCCCUUCAACUUGCCGAUAGAUCAAUCAAGUACCCGCUUGGAGUAGUGGAGGAUAUCUUGGUAAAAGUUGGUAAAUUUUAUUUUCCUGCUGAUUUUCUGAUUCUUGAUAUGGGUAGUGAUACAGAUACAUCUCUUAUACUUGGGAAAUUGAAGUCUAGACGGUUUUUCCCUUUCAUGGUGACUAAAGUUUGUUCGUAUGAGGCCAUAGAGAUUGAAAGAAAGAAAAAAAAGACCAUUCAUGGUUUCUUCACCAAAAGGCAGCCCUGGAAGAAACUGGCAAUUAACAGGGAAGUUUCCCUUUUAUUUCAUUUUCUCAUACUUGCUUUUAUAUUUAACAUUGAGGACAAUGUUGAGUUUGAGUGUGGGGAAGGGAAAGUAAGAUUAGGGGAUGUUUUCUGCAAGUUUUAUGCAAAAUAG